UGCGGACACUCAAUAACAGAUUCUGCAAAGUGUCAACAAAGCCAGCUAUUUAGCAUUUUGGAGGAUAUUUAUUACAAAUAUGGACUCCACAUCGACUAUUGGGGGGGUUCAUGAGAACCCUUACUGAGAUGGGUUUCAGUGAAGAUCAGAUUCAAGUGGCGAUGCAAGCAGGUUUCUUUUCUGUACCAGGAGCAGCUGAAUGGCUUUUACAGGGUGGAAGUCCACGACAUAAACUAGUCAAGCAGUCUUCACAGCCACUAGAGACGGCGUUCUCUGCAUUCAACCCUCCCAAAGAUAAUCAGUGCUCCAACAACUCACAGUCUGAAACAACAGGUCCUUCAUUGGUUUUGGCACCCCCCUCCAUCAACACUCCCAAAGGAAAUGAACAUCCACCCCUGGAAACUCUGAUCAAACAGGACAAGAGUAACUUCCAUGAGCAGCAGAGACUGCGAGUAGCCCAGGAGGCACGGGCAGAAAGGAGACAGAAAAAACAGGAGCGUGAGUUGGUGUUGAAGAGGAUAGCGGAGGACCGGCGCAGUCAGCAAGAGAAGGCCCAUUCUGAAGCCACUGCAGAGACCUCUCCAUCCAGUGGACAGGGACAGAGACUUGGUGGACGUGUGGAUACAGACGUGGACAACCACUGCACCCUCAUGAUUCGUCUUCCCUCUGUGGAAUCUAUGCAUGAACAUUUCCUUUCAGACACUCCUCUAAGCCAAGUUGUUGAAUACAUUGCCAGUCACCACCCUACACUACCUGCCUUCUCCCUCCUGCAAGGAUUUCCUCAUAAGCGCUUCGGCGAAGCUGAGUUGGCCUGCUCCCUCCGGUCUUUGGGACUGACCCCCAAUGCUGCACUAUGCAUACAGACCACUCCCCCCAAAAUGCCCCAGGACCCGCCCAGUCCGGCCUCCCGAUUGGCUGUUGUAGUGCAGCCAGAAGCAGAAUUACAUGAAGAGCCAGUGGGGCCACCCAAUGAGCUGUCCCAAGAGGAGGGCAGAGCUUUAGAGGACAUGGUGGUACCCCCACCCCUGCCCCAUCAGCUGUGGGAGGAAGCAGUGGGGUAUGCUGGGAUCCCUGGUGUCGGACCUCCACUCCCAGGACCUUCUCACUACUGGGGACAAGGCCAGAAACUGGUGCAAGGUGAUGCUGAAGAUGAAGAACCUUUGGAAAACGAGGAGCAACCGGAAGAAAUUGUUUUACCUCCUUAUGAUUUCAAUGGACUGCCUCGUUUGCCCUUCUUCUUUGAGAACAGGGUGAGAGGGGGGCUGGAGCCGAGACAUCACUGGCCAGAACAAGGCAAUAGACUCAGGGAUGUGGAGCCUGUUAAUCCAGCAGCAGACCCUGAGGAGGGCCGUGCAUUACGAGGGGCUGCUGGUCAAGCUGCAGUGCAGCGUUUACAGAGAGCAGCCCGUCAUGAUGAGCAGCAGGGGACACAUGGGCAGCCCUCACCCCCCAAAAAAGCCUUCAAGACCCGGGGCGUGGCCUCUCUUUGCUCCAUGGCAACCAGGGCCACCGUUAACCUCAUGACAGCUCCCAGCAUGCAGUACAGCAGUAGUCUGGCGUGUUUGGCCCCAGAGCUGGCUGAACAGUUGUUGGCUCACAUGGCCCGUGAGCGUCUCCUCCGACCACGUACACUGGAACUUUUCUUUGGCUGCCCGCUGCAGAAGUUUGUCCUAAACUGCUACCCGUACACCACCAAUGAGCUGCUACGGCAACUGAGGGCCUUUUCCUGCCUCAAACAUCUCAGUUUUGUCAACUCGCCACUCAUCACAGAUGCUGGUCUUUGUGUAUUGUCCAAACUCUCAAAACUGCAGCAUCUCAACCUGUCCUCCUGUAGCAAGCUAACAGACAGCUGCCUGCAGCAUAUCGCAGGACUAUUCAAUCUCACUUUCCUGGCUUUGGACCAGACUAAAGUAAGCGACACAGGUCUGUUGAUGUUUCUGCAAUCGGGCUCCUCUGUGCUCUGCUAGCUCAGUCUGAAUCAAACAGCCAUCACUGAGAGCACAUUGGCAGCGCUGACCACAUGUGUACCGCAGUUACGAAUUCUCAGCAUCAAACACACCAAGGUAAUACACAAAUAUCUGGAUGUGUGGAUGUAUACCCAGCAAUAGUCAGUAUGUCUACGCCAAACAAAUUCCCCCUUAAAAGCUGCAUUUCCCACCUGUCAGCUUUUGCAAUCUUAAAGUGGUGGGGCAUUUACAGCACUUGCUUUUAAGGUUAUGUUUAUACUGCAACAAUGUGGCGUUUAAAUAGAGUGCACUAUACUCUGUUCUAUUGCAUCCCUCUAUGGUAUAUUUAGCUUGCGUGAUGUGUCUGCACUCGCAGAGCUCCGAAACCUGCAGACGCUUCACCUAGAUGGCACAGGUGUGCAGGAAAAUUCUCUCCAGUGCCUAGCAACCCACCCCAGCCUGUCAGCUCUCAGUCUGGCUGGCAUACCAGUCGCAGAUGGUAAUCACAUGGACUAAAAAGCACCAUAAAAGUUAUUCACUGAAAAUCUGCUCUUCAGUUUAGCUCUCAAAUCUCAUUUACACUUCUGCAUAUUUAAGCUUUUGGUGUUUGAAUGUGUGUUAAGUCAUACAGGUUUGGAACGAAAUGAGGGUGAGUAAAUGAGGACAGAAUUUUCAUUUUUGGUUGAACUAAGAAAGGAAUUGCACUGGAGGGGGUUUGUUUACAGUAUGUUUACAAUAUUUGCAGUAUUUUGGAAGUACAAAAGGCUCUCUUGGCUGCUUUAUCAUCAAACUAGGAACUCUUACCAUAUAGUUUGAUAUCUUUUGCAGGCCUGAGGCUUAACCAGUUGACGCUACCUGGCAGACACUCUGUUACAGAUAGUGGACUCUUGUUUCUCUGCAGACAAACUUUGCUGUUAGAGCUCGAUCUAACCGAUUACACUCAGCUGACUGACCAUGGCAUUUCACAGCUUGCCACCAUGACCAGGUAGAGCUUUGAUCGGCUUUAGUCAGCUGUUUAAGUUAGUGGUAACACUAUACAAUAAGGUUCUAUUUGUUAACAUUAGUUAACAUGAACUAACAAUGAACAAUACUUUUUAAGCAUUUGUUAAUCUUAGUAAAUAUUAAUUUCAACAUAUACUUAUUACGGCUGUCAGUAGACCAAAAAAUGUUAAUCGCAGUUAAUCUCAGAUUUAAUAGUAAAAUUUGACUCUAUAUAUAUACACUCACCUAAAGGAUUAUUAGGAACACCAUACUAAUACUGUGUUUGACCCCCUUUCGCCUUAAGAACUGCCUUAAUUCUACGUGGCAUUGAUUCAACAAGGUGCUGAAAGCAUUCUUUAGAAAUGUUGGCCCAUAUUGAUAGGAUAGCAUCUUGCAGUUGAUGGAGAUUUGUGGGAUGCACAUCCAGAGCACGAAGCUCCCGUUCCACCACAUCCCAAAGAUGCUCUAUUGGGUUGAGAUCUGGUGAUAAUUAUAUAAUCACAAACUGUACAAAUAGUCUCGUGCUUCAUCCCUAAAUGAGAUUCGUGGACUAACGCAUGUCGAGGUCCUUUAUGACCUCAUGUGGAAUCUUGUGCGUAAAUGCAUGAUGACGUCAUCGCAUGUAGGCUAUAUAAAGGAGCGUUCAGCAGCGUUGUAAAGACAGUUGAAGAGAUCUUUUGCCUACUGAGAACGGUGCGAUCACAAACCACUACUGUUCAAAAAAACAAUGAGGAAAAUCUCUAGGUCUAUUAUCAGGAAGCGUUUGGACAUUUUUGUUUUUAUUUGAUAAAUGUGCUAAUCACCAACAUUGUUGCUGUGUAGUUAUACUCUGGUGGCCAAAAGUUUGCAAUAAUGUGCAGAUU